AUGCCAACUCAUGUUACAGAGGAGGUUGACAAACUGCUGAGUUAUAUGCUUGAAAGAGUCUAUACUGUAGAAUCUAUGGAGGGUGAAUCAAGAAACAUUUCAUGGACUGCCGAAUAUUUUCCACGAAGUGGAUUUUACUUCAUUCUCCAUGAAUAUAACGGUACAGUUUCAACAGUAAUAAGGAUAGAAAAUGCUGAUCCGCCACCGACUAAAAAGUAUAUAUAUCACACCCGACCAUUCUAUUCUGUAAACAUACUGUUAGAGGUCAGAAACAUAACAGUGGAAGAUGCCGGAUAUUACGUAGGAGGUCCUGCAGCGGCGGAUGCCUGGAAAGGAGAAGGAGUUGCUCUUACUGUUUCUGGAAGGCCUGUGAAACCAAUAAUAACAGGAAAACUUAAUGUCAAGGUGGGAGACUACGCCUUCUUGAAAUGUGAAAGUAGAUCUACGUCUGCUCCAUACUAUUACAAGAAGUUUCCGCCAUUGUCAUAUUCAUGGUUUGUCAACAACACCAAGCUACACAGAGAGGAUAGAGAGACCUACAGCUUUACUGUCACCAAAGAUGUUAAAUACAACCGAUAUAACUGUCAGGCAAAAGAAAUUCUUGAAUCAGACAAAAGUGAUGAAAUUCGGAUAAACCCUUUAUGUAAGUAUAAUGAUUAG